AAACGCCAAGUGAUGGUUGCUACGGAAACAUUAGUGGCUGCUAUAUGGAGAUAUAUAGUAACGGUUGUCACGGAGACAAAGCUGGGUUGAGCAUUCAUUCAGCAGUAAACUUUUUUGUUGACAGCCGUCGUCGCACCAGCAGCACCAGCAGCAAUAGCAAAGCAACCACCAAAAAGAAAAAAUCUUUUUUUUAUUAUCUUUCCUUUCCUCUCUAUUUUCUUCCAACAUAAAAAAUGCUGUACAUUAUUGGAUUAGGAUUGUCCGAUGAGGCAGAUAUCACUGUCAAAGGCCUCAAGGCCGUUCAAUCCAGUGAACGCGUCUACCUUGAAGCUUACACGUCCAUUUUAACCGUUGGCAAGGAAAAACUUGAAGAGUUUUAUGGUAAACAAGUCAUUAUUGCCGAUCGUGAAAUGGUUGAAUCAGAAAGCGACACGAUUCUUGCGAAUGCAGAUCAAGUCGACGUCAGUUUUUUGGUUGUUGGUGAUCCUUAUGGUGCUACCACACAUACAGAUCUCGUCAUUCGUGCGCGUGAGUUGAAUAUUCCGGUCCAGGUGGUUCAUAAUGCAUCCAUCAUGAACGCAGCCGGUGCUUGUGGACUGCAGCUGUACAACUUUGGUCAAACGAUUUCCAUUGUGUUCUUUACCGAAACCUGGCGUCCCGAUAGCUUUUAUGAUCGGGUCAAGGAAAACAAACAGUUUGGUUUGCAUACAUUGUGUCUCCUCGACAUUAAAGUCAAAGAACAAAGCAUUGAAAAUUUGGCAAGAGGACGUAAGAUCUAUGAACCACCACGCUACAUGACAAUCAACCAAGCUGCUGAACAAUUGUUGGAGAUUGAAGAGAACCGAGGCGAAGGAUUAUGUACGCCCGAGACAUUGGCUAUUGGAUGUGCACGGAUAGGCACACAAACACAACAGAUUGUGGCAGGAUCACUGCAAGAGUUGGUGGACGUGGACUUUGGUGGACCGUUGCAUUCGCUCGUUCUCGUAGGAUCAAAGAUGCAUCACAUGGAAGCCGACUUUAUUCGCGAAUAUGCGGUCGACAAGACCAAGUUUGAUGAACUCGUUGCCAAAACCUCUGCCUCUGCAUAAGAAAGAAUGAUGCAACACUUCUAAUUUAUGUACAAUAAGAACAAUAAUGAUCAUGAUGCAAUCAUUUCAUCAGAUCCCCUCUCUCUCUCUCUCUCUCUCUCUCUCUACCUUGCUUACAACCCCCCCCCAGCACUCACCCACACCGAUCACACCAAAACCCAACUACCAACCCCCAAACAACAACGCGUGGAAUACAAAUAAAAAAAAAUUAAUUAUAAAUAUCAGCCGCUGCA